UAAUUAGCGGGAGAGGGUCCUGAGCCGGGAGCAAGGCGCAGGAGGGAGGAGACGGCAUACGUGCCCUGCGUGAGUGCGUAGUGGCGCGUGCGCGAAGAGAGUGGGCGGUGUGGUUGGGUCCACGUGCAAUCCUGACAGCGACCCCCGCGGCUCCAUGACCCGAGACUCCCCAUCCCGGCCGUCCGUGACCCUCCCCGAGAGGCCGGUUUCGUUCUCUCGUCCCGCAGUCCCUGCAGCCUCGGCCUGCGGCCACACACUGCCAUGGUGACUGUGGGCAACUACUGCGAGGCUGAAGGGCCCGCGGGUCCGGCUUGGGUGAAGGGUGGCUUGAGUCCCUGCUUCUUCUUCACGCUCACACCCUCAGUGCUGACGGCCCUGGCGGCUCUGGCCUUGGUGCUGGCUCUUCCCUGCAAGCGUCGGGAGCGGCCAGGUGUUGCCGAAGCGCUGUCUUGGGGGGCCGGCCCUCGUGUCGCUCCCUAUGUGCUGCAGCUGCUUCUGGCCACACUUCAGGUGGCAUUGCCUCUAGCCGGUCUGGUUGGUCGAGUGGGCACUGCCCAGGGAGCCCCGCUGCCAGGUUACCUACUGCUGGCUUCCGUACUGGGGACUCUGGCCAGCGCCUGUGGCUUGGGGCUGCUCAUCGUCGAACGGAGCCAGGCACGGCAGAAGCUAGCAAUGGGCGCCUGGAUCAAAUUCAGUCACAGCGCGGGUCUCCUGCUCCUCUGGACUGUGGCGUUUGCCACCGAGAACUUGGCCCUGGUGUCUUGGAACAACCGGCAAUGGUGGUGGGCAAGGGCAGACCUGGGACAGCAGGUUCAGUUUAGCCUGUGGGUGCUGCGAUAUGUGGUGUCUGGAGGGCUUUUUGUACUAGGGUUCUGGGCCCCUGGACUUCGUCCACAGUCAUACACCUUUCGGGUCAAUGAAGAGGACCAAGAUGUCGAGAGGAGCCAGGUUCAGUCAACAGAGGGACCACCACUGUCUACCUGGCGAGACCUCGGCAGGAAGCUCCGCCUGCUGAGUGGUUACCUGUGGCCCCGGGGGAGUCCAGCCCUGCAACUUGUUGUGCUCAUCUGCCUGGGGCUCAUGGGGUUGGACCGGGGACUGAACGUGUUGGUCCCCAUCUUCUCUAGGGACAUAGUGAACUUGCUGACUGAGAAGGCACCUUGGAACUCCCUGGCCUGGACUGUUACCACCUACGUCUUUCUCAAGUUCCUCCAGGGGGGUGGCACUGGCAGUACAGGCUUCGUGAGCAACCUUCGCACGUUCCUGUGGAUCAACGUGCAGCAGUUCACAUCACGGAGGGUGGAGCUGCGCCUCUUCUCCCACCUGCAUGAGCUCUCACUGCGCUGGCACCUGGGGCGCCGUACCGGGGAAGUGCUGCGGAUCGUGGACCGGGGCACAUCCAGUGUCACUGGACUGCUCAGCUACCUGGUAUUCAACAUUAUCCCCACGCUGGCUGACAUCAUCAUUGGCAUCAUCUACUUCAGCAUGUUCUUCAACGCCUGGUUUGGCCUCAUUGUGUUCCUGUGCAUGAGUCUUUACCUCAUCCUGACCAUUGUGGUCACUGAGUGGAGAACAAAGUUUCGACGUGCUAUGAACACACAGGAGAAUGCUACCCGGGCACGAGCUGUGGACUCUUUGCUAAACUUUGAGACGGUGAAGUAUUACAAUGCGGAGGGUUAUGAAGUGGAUCGCUAUCGAGAGGCCAUCUUAAAAUAUCAGGGUUUGGAGUGGAAGUCAAGCGCUUCACUGGUUUUGCUAAAUCAGACUCAGAACCUGGUGAUUGGAGUUGGGCUGCUCAGUGGCUCAUUACUUUGCGCAUACUUUGUCAGUGAGCAGAAGCUGCAGGUUGGGGACUUUGUGCUCUUUGGCACCUACAUCAUCCAGCUAUACAUGCCCCUCAACUGGUUUGGCACCUACUACAGGAUGAUCCAGACCAACUUCAUUGACAUGGAGAACAUGUUUGACCUGCUGAAGGAAGAGACAGAGGUGAAGGACCUUCCUGGAGCCGGGCCCCUUCACUUUCAGAGGGGCCAGAUUGAGUUUGAGAACGUGCAUUUCAGCUACGCCGAUGGACGGGAGACCCUGCAGGAUGUGUCUUUCAGUGUGAUGCCUGGACAGACCCUGGCGCUGGUGGGCCCAUCUGGAGCAGGGAAGAGCACAAUUUUGCGCCUGCUGUUUCGCUUCUAUGAUAUCACCUCUGGCUGCAUCCGGAUAGAUGGUCAGGAUAUUUCACAGGUGACCCAGAUCUCCCUCCGGUCUCACAUCGGAGUUGUGCCGCAGGACACCGUCCUCUUCAAUGACACCAUUGCCAACAAUAUUCGCUAUGGCCGCAUCACAGCUGGGAACGAUGAGGUGGAGGCUGCCGCCAAGGCUGCAGGCAUCCAUGAUGCCAUUAUGGGUUUCCCUGAAGGGUACGAGACGCAGGUGGGCGAGCGGGGACUGAAGCUGAGUGGUGGGGAGAAGCAGCGAGUCGCCAUCGCCCGCACCAUCCUCAAGGCUCCCGACAUCAUUCUGCUGGAUGAGGCCACAUCAGCGCUGGAUACAUCUAAUGAGAGGGCCAUCCAGGCUUCUCUGGCCAAAGUCUGCACCAACCGCACCACCAUCGUAGUGGCACACAGGCUCUCAACUGUGGUCAAUGCUGACCAGAUCCUCGUCAUCAAGGAUGGCUGCAUCGUGGAGAGAGGACGGCACGAGGCCCUGUUGUCCAGAGGUGGGGUGUAUGCUGAUAUGUGGCAGCUGCAGCACGGGGGACAGGAUGAAGGCUCUGAAGACAUCACAUCUGUUUAAGGCAUGGUGACCAAAGUCGGGCCACUUCCCUCCCAAAGGGUAACUCAGAAGGGGAUAAGAUGUGUCCCUCUUCCCUGGCAUAUUUCACCCUGUUCUUGGGGUGUGGUGCUAGCUACAGUGAGGGAAAGGGACCUUUCAAUAAAGCACUUUCUGGGGAAAUAAAAUUGUGGACUGUGCUAGGAUCACUGU